UCAUUCUCAUUCUCAAGUUCAUUCUGUCUCUUUUCGCAUCUCUCCUUCCCUCUGUGUCUUUUUCUCUCUCUACUUCUCAUUUUGUCUCAUUUACCUUCUCCCCAGAGUGACAUUUCCAGCAGGAUCACCAGAACUUUAAAAGAACAGAAGAAAAGACUUGUUGGAAACUACAUUAGAGAGUUCACAGAAGUUCUAGGAACUGUUUCUCGAAGUAGAAGGGGUAAAAGAAGACAAAGAAGAAGAAAGAAGGUUCUGUUUUCUAAGCUCAUUUAGAGACAGCACCUCCACUCAGUAGGCCAGUAUGGAGCUUCAGAAGAUGGCUAACGGUCACCAUGAGCCCACCACCUCAAAAUCUAUGGAGGGAUUUGAUUCUCUAGAGAGCAUGGCAGAGAGAGACCAGUUUCUGCCCCAGAAGACUGACGCCUCUGGAGAAACACAGUUUACAGAUUUUGAGGGGAAGACCUCUUUCGGGAUGUCCAUCUUCAAUCUCAGCAAUGCCAUCAUGGGCAGUGGCAUUCUGGGAUUGGCCUACGCUAUGUCCAACACUGGCAUCGUCCUGUUUCUGUUUUUGCUGACCUUCAUUGCCGUUCUGUCGGCCUACUCUAUUCACCUGCUGCUGAAGAGUGCAGGAGUAGUGGGAAUUCGAGCAUAUGAGCAGCUGGGUUAUCGGGCAUUUGGGCAGCCGGGGAAGGUGGUAGCAGGCCUGAUUAUAACCAUUCAUAACAUCGGAGCUAUGUCAAGCUACUUGUAUAUUGUGAAGAUUGAGCUGCCCGCUGUUAUAAUCGGUCUACUGGGUCAAGAGGACAGCUCUGGGGAAUGGUAUCUAGAAGGAAAGUUUCUCAUCAUGAUCGUCAGUGUCUGUGUGAUCUUACCCCUCGCCCUCAUGCGACAGCUUGGUUAUCUCGGCUACACCAGCGGCUUCUCUCUCUCCUGUAUGGUGUUCUUCCUGAUAGCGGUCAUAUAUAAGAAGUUUGUCACAGAGUGUCCCUUCCUGAGCGGAAACUCCUCUGCCCACCUGCACAACAUUACAGAAGACUUCUCAAUCAAUGGCACCUCCAACUUUACAGAAAACAUCUCAAGCAAUGGCACCUGUGAAGCUAAACUGAUCACCCUCACACCACAGGCUGCGUACACCAUUCCUAUUCUGGCCUUCGCGUUUGUGUGCCACCCUGAGGUUCUGCCCAUCUACACAGAACUCAAGAAGCCAACAAAGCAGCGAAUGCAGAACAUUGCUAACAUCUCCAUACUGGCCAUGUUCGUCAUGUAUCUCCUGACUGCAAUCUUUGGCUACCUCACCUACUACGAUGGCGUGUUGGACGAGCUGCUGAAGAAUUACAGCAAGACUGAUACACUAAUGCUGUGCGUGCGACUGGCAGUGCUGAUCGCCGUCACUCUGACUGUUCCUGUCGUUCUCUUUCCAAUCCGCCGUGCUGUCCUGCAGCUGCUGUUCCCUGAUAAGCCUUUCCACUGGGCUCGUCAUAUCCUGAUCGCUCUGUGCCUCCUUUUCUUAGUCAACCUGCUCGUCAUCUUUGUGCCCAACAUCCGAGAAAUCUUCGGCGUAAUCGGGGCCACAUCUGCUCCCAGUCUCAUCUUCAUUCUGCCUGGAAUAUUCUACACUCGCAUCGUUCCUGAGGAGCAGGAGCCAAUGAAAUCUCCCCCCAAAAUUAUGGCGAUGAUGUUUGCUGCUCUGGGCUUCAUCUUCAUGAUCACCAGCAUUAGCUUCAUCAUCUUGGAGUGGGUCACCGGCGAGUCUAAAGGCUUGUCAGGACACUAAGCUUCACUGAUUGUAAAUAAAGAAGAGCAACAGAAAAUGCAGCACACUCCCUGUAAUGUGAAGCUUGAUGAUUUUGAGCUUUGCAUUUUUUUUAUUUUUAUUUUAGGCAGUGUUUACUUUGACAUGACAUGCAAAGACUCUUUUGAACGAGUGUCACCUCUAGUUCAGAAUCCAGUACUUAACUUACACUGUCCGCCACAGACCUGAUGACUGAAAGAAAACCAUAAUUUAUCUGGUUUGUACAAAAACCUACUUUUGAAUGUGGAAAAUGUGUAAAUUGUAAAUUAUUUUUGUAAAUCUAAUUUUUAUUCAUGGCAGAUCGCAUUUAUAUGCAUUUCAUUUUAGUGGAGAGAACAAGAUGUAGCUCUAUAUGGCUGCUUUUUUACUGCAGGGCAUUCCACACUGGAGCGGUUACAUUUUUUAUAUUAAUGAACUGUGUUGCUAAACCAGGAAUAUGAAUGCACAGCAUCUCAUAAUAAUUUUGAGACAGUUGAUGUUGUUGGAUGAGUCUGGUCGCAAAAUCCUAUAAAUGCGUAUUCUAACUUGCAAAAUGCAGCAAAAUGACUAUAAGACCGAUCGUAUACCCUGUGCAAGGUGCAUCGCAAGGUGUGUCGCAAUGCUCAUUCCUAUCGUACACCCCGUCAACAGUCUAUUUUCACACCUUGGGCUUGCACUAUUAAACAGUGUUUAGGAAUAUAUCUACACUGAUGGGCGUACUGGUCUGGAAGUGAGGUGUUUUUUUUUUUUGGUAAAUUUCUGGGGUGUUGCUAUUUUGACAGCGGAAAACACAGGUGCUCCACUGACUGAAAUAAACCUAGACAACAGUCAGUCAUCAGAGUCGAUUACUAUAGGUGCACCAUGCUGUUAAGAUAUGAACGCGCCAAAGUCAGAGCACAUCUGGCUCUUAAAGGGAAUGACAAGUUGGUUUAUUGCAUGUUACACCCAAAACACACUUAUGUUGGAUUAAGAGAAUUAGUACAUACCUUUUAUAUCGUAUUUAGUGCUCAAUUAACCGAUGCGCUGUAGAUAUGUGAAAUGGUGAAUUACAGCUACAGGCCUCAUCCAACAUCACUAACGACCAGGCUCCAGCAGCUUUACCAAAGCCUAACUAGCCAAUCAGAGGAUCCAAACAUCAUUAAACCCUCCCACCUAACAUUUCUGUGGCCCUCAAGUAACUAAUCCUACUAAAAAAAACAAGAGCAGCCCAGUUUAUAAGUGCUUCAUGCUGAACCGUGUUUAUGUGGAAACACUGUCUGGCCCUGCAGUGGAUCAGCAGCCUAAAUGAUCUGAUACACUGAAGAUACAGUGUACAGGCUGUACAGCUAUGGGACCAAUUUUAUACAUCUUUAUUAAUUUUAUAUAAAUCAUAACAGUAUGUAGCUGUACAUACUUCAGCAAUAUGUCCCCAUGGUUAUACUGUAGAUGUGUUUUAACUGCAUUGCCAAAGAAGUGAAUUGGUUACUGUUAAUCUGUAUAUCCUCGCAAACUGUUGAUACAUGAGAUACAUUAGUUACAUAGGGAUGAGAAGCCAUCUAUGUUUUUAUUUAUGUAUUUUUUACAUUACAUUUUUCUUAGAUUUUAGCAUGCUGUCACUGUUACACCAAAUCUGUUAUACCAUCCUGGUUAUUUUACAAAAAUAGAAACAGGUAUAAACCUUUUACAUAAUAUUAUUAUUAAUCAUAAAUUAUUCAAAUUAAGUCAUGUUGGAUUUAAAUAUUUAAAUAUUAAAAAGAAAAAAAUUCUUAAAAUUAAUUUACAAGAUUUUGGUAUGACAGUGACAUUACAUUGCAUGAACUUUUGUAACAUAUGGAAUAUCUCUGUCAAAUCUGGUCAGUAUAUUUACAGUGUCAUGCAUUCACAUUCCUAAAACUAUAAGAUAAAAAAAGAAAUAUUCAAUACACUGACAUUCCAAAAGUCGUGGGAUAGCAUUUCUAUUUUUGCCAGUGAAUAGCAGUAAUAGGUCAUAAUAAAAGACAUUAUUACUGCCCACAAUGAUUGACAAUGAGUGCAAUGAGUGGUAAUAAUAAUUGUGACGUGUGGCACCACUAUGAUCGGGAGAUCUUUAAUUCGAAUCCCGAUCAUGCAGAUUGCCAUCAGCUGCCGGAGCCCUGGGGGAGCACAAUUGGUCUUGCUCUCUCUGGGUGAGUUCAGAAGAUGGUGCAUGUUCAAAGAAAUAGAAGGAAUGAGUAAUAUUUAUAUAAGAAGCGUUUUUUUUUACUUCUACAUCUUGUAAAUGUAAAAUAGGGAUUUGAAGAAUGUGUGUAGUGUAAGAAAGGCUACAGAAGUUUUGGAAAAGUUAACGAGGGUUGAUGUUACUGCAGUGCAGGAAAUCUAAAGGAUUUACAGAACUUGUUUUGAAGAGGAAACAGAAGUUACACUAUUUUCAUUACUCAGCGCACGAUAAAGCACUAUUUCUGUCCCGUUCUUGUGGUGUCAGUUCCAAUUUAGAUUAUUUUUGUUUAGAUGCUUGGCCCCGGUGUACGUUUUUAAUCUGUACUCUUUGUUUUGGUUCAGUAAUUUAUGUUCCAUGUAAGCUUUCUUUCCAACAAGAGGACGAACUCUGACUGUAUUACAGGUUAUAUUGGGUAACACUUUAUUUGAAGGGCUUAUUUAACAAUAUGCUGUACAUGUGUGUCAGGCCUGUGACUGAUGAAGGUAUUACUUCCUGCUGUUUGAUUUUAUUUUGAAAGUCUCUGUCAUCACUGUUAAAAUGCUAAACACUAUAGUAUGGAUGCUCUUAUUGGAAUAAUUGUUAUAAUUAUUUUUCAUGCCGAUAAUCAAAUAGUGACUAGUGUUUACAUGCACUUUAUAAUCUAAUUACUGCAGAACAUUAGUAAAGUAGUAAACUAAUUGAUUUGCAGCCAGCUAAUAAACUGACAGAAUAAGAUGUGACCCAGAAUAAGAAAUCCCAGAAUACUCUGGUUAUGAGUUUACAGAGUUUAUAUGCACUGAGUAAUACUGUCACUGAGCUAACAUCCUGCUCUUAAAGGAGAACUCCGGUGUGAAAUUGACUUUGGGUGUAGUAAAACAUGAUAAAGAGGACUAAACUUGAUGAAUAGCACACCUCCGUUCUCCUGCAGCUUUCUGAGAUACAGUAAUUUUGUGCAGUUUGUCCAAAGAGGCUAGAAUGUGUUUUAAUGGGGCAUAUUUUGCCCCUGAAGAUAAAUCCCUUUUUACACCAUUAUUCAGGCAUAAAGUAGCUCCACACAGAGGAGAAGGCGAAGAAAGCUUCUUCUGAACUUUUAAAGUUUUAAAUGCCUCACUUUAAAUGUCAGGGCUCUCCAGAUUUUACCAAUGAGGUAUGGAGCUACUUUGAGCCUGGAUAAGGUUAGUCCUCUUUAUCAUGUUUUACUACAACCAAAGUCAACUUCACACCAGAGUUCUCCUUUAAUGUGAUUUUUAGAUCUUACCCCAUUCUAAGAAACAUUACAUUACAUUACAUUUGGCAGACGCUUUUGUCCAAAGGGACUUACAAUAGUCAAGUACAAUGUAAAAUAAGUUUAAAGGUAAAAACAACUUUGGAUAGGGAUAAAAGGAGGUCAAGGGGAAUAAUGGGAUAGAGGAGUAGAGAAGAGGAAGAAGGAAAUGAGGUUAGAAGUAGUUAGUGUGUUAGAGGUGUUAAGAGAGUAAGUGCUCUUUGAAGAGCUCUGUCUUCAGGAGUUUAUUAAAGAUAGUGAGAUAUUCUCCUGAUCUGGUAGUAGAAGGUAGUUAGUUAGAGGUGUUAGGAGAGUAAGUGCUCUUUGAAGAGCUCUGUCUUCAGGAGUUUCUUAAAGAUAGCGAGAGAUUCUCCUGAUCUGGAAGUGGAAGGUAGUGUGUUCCACCAUUGGGGAACUCUGUAUGAGAACAGUCUGGAUUGCUUUGUGUGAAUGUUUGGCAAAGCGAGGCGACGUUCAUUGGAGGAGCGCAGCGGCCGGGAGGUAGCGUAAGCCUUCAGGAGUGAGUGCAGGUAGGAAGGAGCCUGUUCUGUCAUCACCUUGUCAUCACCGAUUGUAAGAGCUUUGAAUUUGAUGCGAGCAUCAACUGGUAGCCAAUGGAGCUCAAUGAGCAGCGGAGAAACCAGAAACCAGAGUAUUCUGUUUACAUGACUACUUGAAGAAUUAGAUAACUGCAGAUAUCUAAUUAUAUUUGCAAUAUAAGAAGCAAGUAAAGGCUCUGAUAUGAAAUUAGGAACAGUGCUGCAUUCGGUUUGAAUUUGGAUUUUUGUUCUAAUUCAGGCAUGCCUCACCAACACAGAGUUCAAAAUCAAAGAUGGCGUUUACACACAUAAAGAGUAGUAUUAUACAGUUUAUUAUCACUUCUAUCUAUCUGUGCCCAAAAAGUUAUUUUUUUUGGUUGGAUUUUCCAUAAAAUAUUGAUAAAUGCUUUAGCUAACAGUUUUUUUUGUAAUGUUUUGAAAUACAAUUUUUGCACAAUUUGGUUUCUGAGCACCAUCAUCCGAGGUAAAUGAAAUGCAUAAAAUAAAAAAUACUAAAAUAGGUCAUUUAAAUACGUCUUAGAUUAGCUUGUAUUAUGUUAAUAAAUAUAGAUAGGAAAUUCUGUCAUUUUAUCUCAGUUAUCUGCUGAUACUAAUAUGAUUCCAAUAUCAAAAUCUCUACAGCGCAUCCCUACAGUAUAUGUUUAAUUUUUGAUGUCAGUAUUGAACCCUUCCACCAAAGUGUUGCCAAAUAUUAAAAUGUGUUUCCUGUAAAGAUGUUUUACUAUCAAUUUUGUAUCAACAUUUUCUGGCUUUGUGGAACAAACGUUUGCUGUAAAAGUUUAAUUUAUGAUGUACAGAUUAUUCAGAUGAAUAGAUUUGGUUAGUUAUUUGUAUGUUUUUUUUUUCCAAUGUUUUUCAUUCCUGUUGUUCAACUUUUAUUUUAUAUGUAUGCUUUUUUUUUUCAGGAGAGAAAUGUGUUGGACUGAUAGUGGACCAAGUAAAGCUACUGUAAAACUGUAGCUUUCAUUAACAAAUAAUUUUUCAUAAAUCCACUUGAUUGUUGAAGUGCCUAAAGUCUAGCCAACGUGUGGAUGUUAAUGUAGUAUAUAUUCAUAUUCAUAAUAAUUUGGAAGGAAAUGUAUAAUUAGCUAAUUUGGUCUGUCUUUUGUUUAAUAAAGGUGAGUGUAGAUAUUUA